AUACUGCUGGAUGAUGUUUGAUAUAAAGUAAUAUAAUUAAUUUGCAUGACAGUAUUUGAGUACUUGCUGAAAAAUACAGUAAUUAUAGUGAGUGAAUGAAUUAAAUAGAUUUCUACUGACUAUCACAUACAGACAAUCAAAGCAGCUUAUAAAACAUGUUAUAGAUUACAUAUUAGAUUUCACCAGUUAAAGUAGUUAAAAUUAGCUGCACUUCAACCAACAACAAUAGGAAAAUGCUGCUUAUUUUGUCUCUGUGUUGUUAAGAUUUGAUUAAUAGUCCAGUAAUUCAUAAAGCAACUGGAUAUAGGUAGCAAAUUCCCACCAGACCCUGAACACAUUCUCAGAAAUUAAUAAGGUUACAUGGUCUGUUUGUCCCAUGAUAGGUAGAAAACCAAAAAAAUUGGUAACAGUCAUACAUCAAUGCAUCACUUGUAAAAUUUCAGUAACAAUAUAUAUAUACAAAUAUAAUGUGACACAAAGGAAGUCCCAGACACAGACACAGAGAUAACUGAUAAACGUGAGUUUCCCCUUUUAACUGGUGGCAAUUAGGACCCAGGGAAGACUGGGCUCUGGAGGGGGACAGUGGAGUGUGUGUCUGUUUGAAAGAGAAAAAAACCACACACACAAUCGCACAAUACAAUGUGUGACAGUCACUGCCAUACACAGCACAAGACAGGAAUGAGAGUGUUUCUUGAUGAGGGGUGAUGAGGGAGAGGAAGCAUCAUCUCCCAUCAAGCAUCAUCAUGGCCUUAGUGAUCAGCACUUCUAUAACUACAGUUACACAUGUGUGAUAAGACUGGACCUGUAGAGCCUUUCUAUGGAAGAACCAAACUUCACACAUUGAGUUGGCUGGAUUUGAUAACAUCGAUUUUCACCUGGAACACUGACUGUUUUACUUUUUUUGGGGGAAAAAAAUUGAAUCAAGCUACGCUACCUCUAGUUUGGGCUGAUAAAAAUAAAUAUGUGUAAUUUUAAUAGAAGCUCUGUCAAGUCAGACACCUGGCUGACCUGUUUGGUCUGAAUUGUACCACACAAACAGUGAGUGGAUUAUGGGACAUCUGGACAUGAAGACAUCUGAGAAACAAAUGGAGGACGUUGUGAAUGAAUAAUGGCCGACAAGACUGGUCCCUUGAUAGCCCCAGUGCCAAAUCAAUCGUUGCCAGAUCUUACCACUGCCCUAUGGAACCCCAAUCCUACCGUGCCUGCCGAUGUGAGUGUAGUCACAAGCUCCCAGUCACAGAUCAAAGACCUUUUUGGGUUGUUUUGCAUGGUGACCCUUAACCUCAUUGCUUUGUUGGCCAACACUGGUGUGAUGGUGGCCAUUGCUCGUGCGCCUCACCUGAAAAGGUUUGCUUUUGUGUGUCAUCUCUGUGCUGUGGACCUGCUGUGUGCCAUCCUCCUCAUGCCUUUGGGGAUCAUAUCCAGCUCACCAUUCUUUGGCACUGUGGUGUUUACAGUUCUGGAGUGUCAGGUUUACAUUUUUCUCAAUGUUUUCCUCAUCUGUCUGUCCAUCCUCACCAUCACAGCCAUAAGUGUGGAGCGUUAUUUCUACAUUGUACAUCCAAUGCGUUAUGAAGUCAAGAUGACCAUCAACCUUGCUAUUGGCGUAAUGCUCUUAAUCUGGGUUAAAUCAGUCCUCUUGGCUUUGGUCACGCUGUUUGGGUGGCCAGCUUAUGGACACCAAAGCUCCAUUGCUGCAGCUCACUGUUCUCUCCAUGCGAGCCACAGUCGUCUGAGAAGAGUAUUUGCAGUGCUCUUCAGUGUGGUUUGUUUCCUGGUUCCCGCAGUGGUUAUCUUUGCUGUUUACUGUGCUGUGUACAAGGUAGCUCGUUCUGCGGCCCUCCAGCAAGUCCCCGCUGUGCCAACAUGGGCAAAUGCGAGCCCUGCCAAGGAUCGUUCUGACUCCAUCAACAGCCAGACCACCAUGAUCACCACCACCCGCACUCUGCCCCAAAGACUAUCUCCAGAGAGGGCUUUCAGUGGAGGCAAGGCUGCACUCACUUUAGUAUUCAUUGUGGGCCAGUUCUUGGUUUGUUGGUUGCCCUACUUUAUCUUUCACCUGCAAAUGUCUUUGACUGGCUCCAUGCAGAGCCCUGGGGACUUAGAAGAGGCAGUCACCUGGCUCGCGUACUCCUCCUUUGCAGUUAAUCCAUUCUUCUACGGCCUGUUGAACAGACAGAUCAGAGAGGAGCUUGUUAAGUUUCGACGCUGCUGCUUAACCCAGCCUGUGGAGUUUGGGGCAUCCAGCCAUGAGGGCUCCCUUCAGGAGAACUUCCUUCAGUUCAUUCAGAGAACCAGCACCACAGCUGAAACCCACUCCAGUUGUGCCAACAGUUCCAGAAACACUAUAGACCAGGGGAUAAAGCUCCCUGGACAAAUACCUGAGGGACAUGCCUAAACACUGACCAACAUGAGCUGUGGACUACAGUGCUAAUAUAUAGGACAUGAGAUUUUUCAUUUUUCAUGUUUGUGCACCAUUUUUCCUCAAUGGAUAAACUCACAUUUCAAAUCUGUCCUAAAACAAUACUGAUAAGACCAUUGAAAGUUGGUUUCUUGUUCUUUCUGUUCCUACCAGCCAUAAAGAGGUCCCUUCUUUAAAGCAAAUCAGUGUAAGUGAUGUGGGACAAAAUCCACAGUCAUUUUUGUAUGCAAAAAUCCCCAUUUGAUUUGAAUGACUCAAACUGCUCAAGCCUCAUAUUAUAAUCAACCGAAUUUAAGAAUGUUUUUUGGCACAGAGCAAAGAUUGUGGAUUUUGUCCCCAUCACUUACACUGAGAUGCCAGUAUGGACAGAAGGAAACCAUUACAGCUAUCAGUAAUGUUUUAAAACAGAUCUGAAAAAAAUGUGAACCUCUCCCUUAAAUACAUGUUAAAUGUCCAGUACCUUUUACAGUUUAAUUCAGGAAGGCUUUUUCAUGAUAGGUCAAGGUGCUAUAGCCAUACUGUAACAUGAAGUAUUGAAAUAGUGAUAAAUGUUUCAGUGUAUUUUUACAAUAUAUAUUACAGUGGGCUUGGUUUGAUGAUGUUUGUAGAAAUGUUUUAUAUGUUUAUGAAUGUGUAAAUCUGGAGUUUAACUACAAUAACAAUGUUGUGAUUGGAUGGAUAUUUAAAUAUUUUAUUGUAUUUAAUUAGGAGCAAUUUGUAUUCCAUAUGAAUAUGAGUUGGUUCCACUAUGUCAUUCUUUUCAAUGUCAAUAACAAUAUAUUGCAUAUGGAAAUGUUAAAUUGAUAACUGACUCUGUUGAACUUUAAUUUAUUGAAUGUCAGUAUUGGCAAGCAGUGUAUUAUUUAUAUCUAAGCAAUAACUUGAUAAACAGCAACAUAGUGCGACUCCCAUAUAUCACUGUAUCAUCCCCUCAGUAUACUAACACUGUGGGCUCUGCAGUGUGAGGAGCUCUCAUGAAUCUGGGAGACAAUAUGUCAGAGUUCCUGUGUGCAACAGAUAUGCUGAUAGACGGCGAAUGUCAUCCACCCCUGUCGUCAUGGAAAUUGAGUGAGCCUGUGACUCACAUAGCAACAAGGACCUUUCGACUGGAUGUAUGCUUAAGCUUUAGAUUCUGAUUGGAGUCUACUAAUUCUGGCUCAUGCCUGCUUUUCAUAUGCAGACUGAUUACAUAAGGUCUAUAAGUUCAGAUAGAGGCUCAUUAACACGCGAAUAGAGGCUGAGGAUAGGUAGCAAAAUUCCCUGCAAAUAUGGACUGCUAUAAUAGUGGCAUGGGUACGGUGAGGUGAAGAUAGUGAAUUUACAAUGGAAAUCAUUACUGGGCACUGAUAAUGCACCAAGAGUGGUAACAAAGUGCUAUUUUAUGGCCUCUGCUAUUUGUAUUAGUCUUUUACAAACAGUGGAAAAGACAGAAUAGUGUGGUUACAGCAGAUAACACCAUUUUGCUGUCACUAACUGGGAUUUAAACCACCCUUACAUAACUGUGAUUGUGUAUUUAAUACUUUAAGUUGAGUUCUGCAUUAGCUUUCUUUCCAGGAGGAUAUCAGUGCUGCAUGUACAGAGAUAUGUUGAGAGACAAAUGUAUGGAUGCCAUCCUGCAUAUUUGUAUAUGUUUUCCUCUCUUUAAUGGUUGUUCUCUAUCUGUCUUUUUUCAUUUAAUUCUCUCUUCACAAAUAUAUAGCCACUAAAUAAUGAGAAUUUUUCUGUACCAACAAGGCAAAUUUUACAUCAUUAAGCCAGUGCUGACUGGAUUGAUAGCCGCUGACAAUAGUGUAUGAACAACUAAAUAUCAGUGAAUAGCCUACAAAUUAGGACACAUUUAAGAUUGCCAUCAUAUCUUCCUCAACAACAUUUCAGUCAUCACCCUUCAUCACUGAAGUUGAAUUCAGACAUAUUGUCUCAUUAAAACAAAGAUGAGUCUGUUCUUCUAGAUACUUCUGGAUGGACAGAUGUGACUGUUGGAGCUCAGCAAUUUGAUUUCUCAAAUUUGACCAGGCUGUUAUGACAGCACAUACUUUACCUUGUGUCAUUUUUCAGCAUCGCCUUCAUUCAAAGAUUUGCUGGCUUCUUCCCCUACAAUCUUACAUGUGUCUUCUACGUUGUUUCAUUCUGAAAAUGUAAUUCCAGAUGUAUAAGCCCUGACUGUGGUUUGUACAACAGUAUGGAUAACAGAGGACAAGGUGAGCAAAGCCCACUUAUGGAGUCAGACAUUUCUGGUAGUUUUCUGUAGAGUGAUGUUGCACAAGUAUCCUAAUGUCAUCAGGCUGAACAGCUGCGCAGAGAAGAGCACUCACUCCAAAGUAAAAAAGAAUCAAAGGCCUGAUCUGGGUUGGUGAUAAAAUAAAAAUCAAGACAUGAAGUCUUGGGGUAUAGCCAGUCAGUGAAUGCCUGUAAUCAGGAAUGAGUGGUUUGAGGAACAUUACAUGAAAAAGAGCAAAGGAGAUUUCUGUUAUUAGUUACUGUUACUACAAGUGACAGCAGAGGACAAUCUAUUGACCAGCUUACUUAUAAUUAACACAACCACUGUUCUCUCUUCUUCAGUUUGGUAGGGUACUUUUGUUUUGGCUUUACUAUCAAAAUUUUCAAAUUAGCAGCAUAAAUUGUUACUGUGAUCUUUAUCUUCCAUUUAACUCAUGAUAAUAUCUUUGAUUAAAAUUCUUAUUUUUACAACCAGGAGAUGUACCAGAUGUGAGUAAAUUAAUUUCUGUUAAGUUGAGGAUCUACAGACAAUCAAACACAACCACAAGGCAAUUUGUGGGGCAUCACCAUGGUUUCCACACACACCACUAAUCAUCAACUAAUCAGACCCUGCUGCCACUCCACCACCACUGCAGUACCACAAGAUCUUUAGUAUUAUUGUAAGCACUGGAAGAAAAUGAGCUAUUUAGGCCUUUGUGAGUGGAAACUACAGCUGAUUUAACCAUCAGGGAUAAUGAGGAUUUAUUAAAAAAGAAAAUCUACCAGACAAACUAUGGCCAACAGAGUGCGCUAUAUACCAGUGAAUUCCCCUCC